UUUGAGCAAAUUUAAUCGCAUAGUGCAGAGUAUGGAAGCUUUUUUUUUAUUUAAACGAAUAUUGUUAUAAUAUUAUGAAUACUAAAAACAUUCAUUGUUUGCUGUACAAUUGGGACAAAGAACAAGUUUUUAAGUAUAUAGUAUGCAAAACAAAUAAACCGCAAAACAAAUAACUACCGAAUACCAAUAUUUCCCAUCUACAUAUCUAUGUUAAUUUUAUUAAUCACGCCAUAUAAAAAACACACCGAAUCGAAUCUGUUUCCACUGUUCAGCCAACUUUGGUAUCAAAGACGUACUCCUGGUUCAACAAAGUGUUUGAAAAAUAAUACCAUUAUGCAUUUCAAACGCGCUGUUAUUCUUUGUGCAUUAUACUUUGUGACGAUGACACAGAGCAUCGGACUCACUAGAAGUAUAAUCGAGAAGAUUGUUGUUGAAUUCGAAAGAUUUGAAAACUCUGUAGACCAAAUUUCCCCAAACGAAAUCGAAAAAAUUAUAAAUGAUAUGGGCGUGCAGGAUUUGUCAGGUUUUACAUACGAAGCAGAUACGAAAGAUGGUCGAAAAGUACAACAACUUUUGGUACUUCUGGCCAAAACCGAUAUGCCAUCUGACCACUGGCUGAAACGGAGAUUUGCAACCCAUGAAGUAACAAUUUACUUGAACCUGUUCAGAUACCACGACGAAAACGGGGGUGUUGAGGACGGUCUACUUGACUUUAAAGAAUUAAAAAAUGUCAUUCAAGCUUUAAGUUUGAAUGAAGACGAGAAAGAAAGUUUGGCAAAAACGUUUAAAGGUGACCUAACAAUUAAUUUCGCAGAGUUCUUAUUGGCCUUUGUGGAUAUAAAACCAGAGGGCAACGGUCUAACAGAGAAACAUAUUAAGGAGCUGGUCCUAAUUAAAGAUACCAACGUAGUUGUCCCUUACAUAAAUAAUACUUAUGUAACAGAGUUUAUCAAAAAGUUAUCUAUAGUUGAUGUCCAGGAUAUGAAUUGGACUUUUGAACGCUUUCAAAAUUAUGCUUUGGAGUGUCAAGAGCUGGUGGUUUUUGCAGCAGAAUACAACAAAACGGCCGAAGUAGAACAUGAACUUGUCAUUCCUACCUCUGAAGUUAGAGUUAAGUUAUCGGAUUUCGCUUUUCACGACAAAAACUUUGACGGCUUACUCAACGGAAUAGAACUUGACGAAUUUGUGCGCAACCAUUUUAAAGGAGAUACUGUUGGAGCUCUCCUUAAAUGCGGCGAUAUCAAUGACGAUAACAGUUUUGACAUUGUGGAGUUAUUUGUCGUCAUAUUUAAGAAGCGUGAGCGUUAAACUCAUAAUAAAUAAACACAAAAGUUUUAUGAGUUUUUUCUGAAUUGAAUAUUAUAUAAAAUGAUUUACAUACGAAUAUUAUUUGGGAGUGCCUUAAUUAUGGGUAACAAGUAUUAAAUUUUAUAUUUUAUUAUUCUUUUCAAGGCUGUAUAAUUUCACACAUAUGUUUUAAUUA